CUCCCGCCGGCAGCUUGUGACAUGGCGCCAGUAUAGUUGUCUGGCGAUUCUCGCGGCGUUGUUCAUAGUGUGGACACUCAGCAGGCAACCGGGGUUGACUCAGCGUUGGUUCACUGCUCGGCAUCCCAGAAUGCUGAGCGCACGAGGGAUGGUUACGCGGACCACCACACGCCCAGUGCGUCGUCGUACUACACGCGUCGCCACUCGUGUCAUGCGACCAAUCCCGGUAGGCUACCGUAUUGGAACCAAGGGCUGCACGAUACCCGAAUUCAACGCUUUCGACUCGACCAUCAAGCGGCACUAUCGCCACAACCCUAACAUCAGCUGGUGCCACGGGAAGCCGAACUUCCUCGCAAUCAGGCAUGGCUUCGUAGAGAUUCUCAAGGACAAUCUUCACAAGCACAGCGUGCUUCCGGAUGACUUGCUGUGCUUCUACCGAGAACUGCAAAGAAGCCAGUAUUCAUUGCAACCACCGGACGAAGUGACCUUUUAUGGCAACCGACAGCUGCUUCAUUUCGACAAGCCGUUGAAGGAGGAGUUCGUCUCUGUCGAGUGUGCCACGAAACAGUCGCCAAACCGCACCUUUCACCAACAGUACCUGCUCAACGCGGUUAUCAAGAAGCAUGUCGAAAAGCGCUGCUCAAAGACCAACCGCACGACGCCGCACAAUCUCAGCGUUCUUGUGCUUGGACUGGACUCGGUAUCGUAUCUUCAUCUGGAAAGGCAUCUUCCCGAGACGGUGAAGUUCGUGCGCGAGAAGCUGGGGGCUUUCGAGCUGCGCGGGUACAAUAAGGUUGGCGACAAUUCCUACCCAAACCAGCGUGCUCUCAUCACGGGCCUCGAUUUCGACGAGACGCUAGAGUACGCGCCGGACGGAUUCUACGACAGCCUCGCUUCGCGCAUGAUCUGGCAGCAGUAUGCUGAAAGGGGCUACCGAACGAUGCUCCUCGAAGACUGGACUGUGUGCGCUAUUUUCAAUCAAUUCGCUCACGGAUUCCGGUUUCCUCCGACCGAUUACUAUCCGCACAACGCCAUCCGGGCCAUGGAGAACGCCUCCAAGUGGAUUACCAGAAAUUAUCGACUGCCCCGAUGUUUGGGACCGAAGCUGCUAGCUGAGGAAAUGUUGGACUACCUCACUCGUUUCACGCAGUUAAUGGACGAGAGGCCUUUCUUCGCGUACUCGUGGGUGAACGAAAUCACGCAUGGCGAUCUGAACAGUGCUGCUCUUGCCGACAAACCUUUCCGGCGACUCCUCGGAUCGCUGCACUCUUCCGGCGUGCUCAACCGCACGGUUCUCGUUUUCGUCAGCGACCACGGCACGCGCUUCGGCAAAUCGCGUUACUCGUUCAUCGGCAAGUUCGAGGACCGGCAACCGUUCGCCUACGUCGCCUUCCCGAAGUGGUUUCUCGAGCAGAAUCCGAAAGCAUCUCGCAGUCUUCUCGUCAACCAGCUGCGCCUGACCACUCCGUACGACGUGCACGCCACGCUCGUCGAGCUGUUGGACUACCCGAGCUCCGAGCGACUGCACACUGUGUACGGUCGGAGCUUGCUGCACAAAAUACCGGAGACAAGGACGUGCGCUGACGCGAACAUCCGGCCCCACUGGUGCACCUGCAAUGUCCUCGGCGACGUCAUCGUGAGCGAGAAAAUGGCCUGGUCAAUGGGCGAGCAGGUUAUUUAUCGGUUAAACAAGUUAAUACCGCAGAAGCCUGGGAAGUGCGCCCGGCUCCGCGCCCGUGCCAUCUACGAUGUGACGGCGUUGCAGGCGGCGACACGGACUGGGGAGGCGCAAGAAGCCGCUUAUUACUGGGUCAUCGUUCAGGUGUUGCCAGGCAAUGGCUUUUACGAGGGUACGGUACGUGUUAGCGGCGACAACAUGACUGCCCUGAACGAUGUCAGCCAUAUCUCCACAUAUGGCGGUCGUUUCUGCAUGAAACAACAUUUUAUUGAGCGGUUUUGCCUGUGUCUGUAGCUAUAAACGCCUUACUUUGUACAGAGCAGUAGUUGCGGAUGUUUACGUUCCGAUAUUUUCGAACAUACGUGCCCAAACACACACAUGCACACAUAUAUAGGGGUGUCGACCGCUGCCUAUUCCCCCAGCCCCCCUUCCUCCUAAAAUUAAUGUUCUGGCUACGCCACAGCCUCACUUAUGAAGGCGAAAGCCUUGCUUGUCACACCAGUCAGGCAGUCUGGCGACCGCCAUAAACACGAAUAGUAAAAGUAAUUAGCGCAGCUUGAACAAAGCCGCGCAAUGCUGGGGCUCAGCAGAGGUGGUGGGCUAGAAGCCGAAGAGGAAGAGGAGAACAAAGAUGAAGAUAAUAAAGGG